UGUGUGUGUGUUGGUAUGACUGUGAGCUGGACUGGCCAAUCAGAGGAGCUCUCCUGAGCUGCGGCAGGCUGCUCUGCUCCGCUCUGCUGUGAGGCGGAUUGGGAGCACACAGGCUCACAGGGUGGCAGCAAAAAUGAGGAUGGGAGCUCGGAUCCUUUCUUUUCUCUCCCAUCCCUUACUACCAUUCAGGGACAGAUGCACAGGAUACAACAUGGAUAUACCUUCCUGUCUCUGAUGAACCAGCUGCACUGCCGUUUUCACCAAGUGUGCCUGGCAUCUUUCCUCAGCAUAUGUGAUGCAAAAAGGAGCUCCCUGAUCAGUGGAUAUAAUAACACAAUGGGCAACAGUAGACGCCUUUGGAUGGGUUUGAUCUAAGUGUUCAGUGAACAGCUGCCUGCCAGCGGCCUUUGAGUGUGCCCAACGUGUGCCCAAGGUGUGCCCACGGUGCACAGAGCGAGGAGUUGCCACCCCUCGGUUCUGACCAUGCGAUUAUCCAGCACGGUCUCCUCCGGCUGCCUCCGUCUGCUGCUGCUGCUGCUGCUGCUGUGCCUCUGCGUGGCUCGGACCACCGCUGGCACACCCUCACCGGCCAGCCCUGUCAGAACUGCAUACAACCAGAGCCAGAACCGGAACCAAAACAAGUCGGCGGACCCGGACGCGCAUCACCGACCCAAGAGAGGGUGGAUUUGGAAUCAGUUCUAUGUUCUGGAGGAACAUAUUGGCCCCGAGCCUCAGCACGUGGGAAAGCUACACUCUAAUUCAGACAAAGGCGACGGGUCAGUACGCUACCUGCUCUCCGGGGAAGGUGCUGGCACCAUAUUCAUCAUCAACGAGGUCACCGGUGACAUCCACGCCGCCAAGAGCCUGGACAGGGAAAAGAAGAGCCACUAUGUCCUCCAUGCACAGGCCAUCAACCGGCACACUAACACAGCCUUAGAGUCGGAGUCGGAAUUCAUCAUCAAGGUCCAGGAUGUUAACGAUAAUGCACCCAAGUUUCCCGAUGGCCCCUUUACAGCUUCUGUGCCAGAGAUGGCAGACAUUGGAACAUCAGUGUUUCAAAUCACUGCAACUGAUGCAGAUGAUCCCACCUAUGGAAAUAGUGCCAGGAUUGUGUACAGUAUUUUACAAGGAAAUCCUUACUUCUCUGUCGACCCCAAAACCGGUAUCAUUAGGACUGCCUUGGCCAACAUGGACAGGGAGGCCAGGGAGUUUUAUACUGUUCUGAUCCAAGCCAAGGACAUGGCUGGUCAGGUGGGAGGUCUGUCUGGAUCAACCACCAUCAAUGUCACACUGACCGACGUCAACGACAACCCCCCCAGGUUCCCACAGAAGAACUACCAGCUCUACGUCCCUGAAUCAGCGGAGGUCGGGAAAGCAGUGGGCAAAAUCAAAGCAAACGAUGACGAUCUUGGUGUCAAUGCUGAAAUGACUUACCGCAUCACCAAUUCAGAGGGAGCUGCCAUUUUUUCUAUCUCCAUUGACACUGACAAGAAAGAAGGUGUUGUCAUGCUGAAAAAGCAUCUAGACUAUGAGAAGAAGAAAGCCUACACUCUUCACAUUGAGGGGGUCAACACUCACCUGGACUCCCGUUUUUUUCACCUGGGUCCCUUCAAAGACACCACUUCUCUGAAGAUCAUCAUAGGAGAUGUGGACGAGGCGCCAGUCUUCUCCAUGGACUAUUACAUCCUGGAUGUGUACGAAAACGCCCCUGCAGGGACCGAAGUGGGCAUGGUCACUGCCCUGGACCCCGACAGCACCAAGGGCACUGUAAGGUAUUCCAUUAACCAAACCAGUCGUGGAGAUACAAGUUUCGCCAUUGAUGCUCACACUGGACUUAUAACAACCAAUCAAAUGCUCGACAGGGAAGAAGCCGCUUGGCACAACAUCACUGUGAUGGCAUCAGAGAUAGAUAAUCCCAGCCUUGUCAGUUAUGUUCCAGUCACAGUACAGGUCUUGGAUGUUAAUGACAAUGCGCCAUACAUUGACACAGAAAACGACAUCAUUGUAUGUGAAACCUCCAGGGUUGGCCAAGUGAUUCAAACGAUCAAGGCCACUGACAGAGACGACUUUGCAAAUGGACACUUUACCUUCACUCUGCCCAGUGACCCCCCUGCGAAUCCCAAUUUCACCCUGAAGGACAAUGAAGACAACAGUGCCAGCAUUGUGUCGCAGAGGCGAGGCUUCAGCCAGACGGAACAGGAGCUGUACCAGCUGGCUGUGGAGGUGAGGGACGGAGGCGAGCCGGCGCUCAGCAGCAUCAGCACCCUCACCCUGCGGGUGUGUCCCUGCCAGAGGGGCGGCCGGCUGAGGGCCUGCCAGGCACAGGCCUUCCUAUCCUCAGCGGGGCUCAGCACCGGGGCCCUCAUCGCUAUCCUCCUCUGCAUCGUCAUUCUGCUGGCUAUCGUGGUGCUGUUUGUCACCCUGCGGAGCAAGAAGAGCAAGAAGGAGCCUCUCAUCAUCUCGGAGGAGGACGUGCGGGAGAAUGUGGUGACGUACGACGACGAGGGGGGAGGUGAGGCGGACACCGAGGCCUUCGACAUCGUGGCGCUGAGGAACCCGGCCGCCGCGGAGGAGCUGCGUCUCCGGCGGGACGCCCUGUCCCAGGCCUGGGAGGCGGCCGCUGCCGCUGGGGCCAGCUGCUCGUCUCUGAUGCUGGACGACGAGGACAUCCACAGGGUCAUCACGGAGAGGGUGGUGGUGGCCGACCGGGACAUGAGGGGACCGCCGUACGACUCCCUCCAGACGUUCUCUUACGAGGGCCGCGGCUCCCCCACCGGCUCCAUCAGCUCGCUGGACCUCCCCGGAGCUCCGUCGGAGUUGGAUCCAGGCGACCUGGAGGACUGGGGCCCUGAGGUUCACACGCUGCCCAGACUUUUCAGGGAGCCGGGGAGUGAGCACAGCCCCUGACCUGGAACUGCGUUUGAUAUGGAGGAAGGAAAAUACAUCUUCUUCUUGCAGUCUGACUAAUUUCCUAAUGAGAGGAUACAGUGGAGACUCUUUUUUUUUUAAACUGUGCAAAUUUGUUCGCUUUUGAUGUACCAUCAACUGUUCUUUUUCACUGGGUUCUACAAGUGGAAAGAAAACAAGAAGUUUUUUGGAUUAAAAAGCACAAAAUGAAUGAAAAAAAAGACUGAGAGAGGAAGCUAUUUUCCCUGAUGUAUAUUUUAUAUUGCUUAAUAAAGUUCAUGUCUCUA